AUGAACUCGCCCAAUGUCUUUGACGUCCAUGCAACCUCGCCGAUGCAGUUUGGCACCCCCUCUAUUGAGGCGCCGUGGGUCUCGACCGACAACGCGCUGCACCAAGUGAAAGAGGCUUCGUCGCUCGGCGCGUGGAUGCUCGAUACCGCUCUCGAUGUCCCUAUGAGCCAGCUCCAGUCGACGCAGGUGUACCUCCGCAUCUAG